AUGAAAAAAAUCAGAAAAUACGAUUCAAUACCCCCUGAUGAGGAAUAUUUAGAUAACCGUAAUUUACAAAAUAAAACACCCCGUAAUAUGUUAAUAACCUACGACAUGUCUUAUUUCUAAAAAUUACCUUCUAAUGCUAAAAAUAAAAUUUUAAUUUCUACCUUCGAGAAAGCUAUAUAACUAGCAGCUGACUAUUUUUCUCGUUUAAUUAAAAUAAUACCAAGAUCUGAAUAAAAUAUGAAAUAUUAAUAAACUAAUCCCAAAUGCGGGGAAAUAAUUGUCCCAUAAAAUGACAAACUUAAGGGAAAGAACUCUGAUUUACAUAUAUAUGUAACAUAUACAAAUGAUAAAGAUAUUUAAUAUUUAGCCGUAGCUAGUUGGUGUUAAUUAUUGGAUCGUCUAGGACCUACUCAUGGUGAAGUUAAUUUCAAUUUAGAAUUUAUAAAAGAUACAAAUAUAAAUGAUCCUAUAUAAUUUAAAGAUUUAAUGGAAAUAGUUAUUCAUGAAUUGACUCAUGUUUUGGGUUUUAGCAAUACUGAUAUACCUAAAUGGGUAACUUCUAAUGGAUCUACUCAUAUUGAUCCUACUAUUACAUAAAAAAUUAGGGGAGUUGAUAAUUUACUAAUUAAAACUCCUAAUGUUUUGAAGUUUGCUAGAGAAUAUUUUGGAUGUCGUACUUUAGUUGGUAUGCCUCUUUAAAAUUCAGUAAGUAGUGAUUCUGAUGAUUCGCAUUGGAAAAACACAGACAUAUAAAACGAAUACAUGAAUUCAUUAAUGUCACCUAAUUAAGCUUAUUUUAGUGGUUUUACAGCUAAUCUUUUAAGAGAUACAGGUUUCUAUGCUGAAAUCAACGCAAAUAUGGAAGAAUAAAUGUUUUAUGGAAAAGGAGCAGGCUGUGAACACGUCAUGGGUAAAUGUGAUUCUACUAAAAGAGAAUUUUGUAAUCCUAAAACUGACGAUGGAUUAUGUGAUUAUUACCACCAUGGAUAAUCUUCUUGUAGUGUUCGUAAAUUAAAUGAUCCUGGCUGCAAUACUUUAGAUACUUACGUAAAUUCAAAAUGCUGGGAUGUUAAUAUGAUAUUGGGUAGAUACUUAGCAACUUGUAGUAAAUUAAGAAUUGACAUUUUAUGGAUAUACUGGAUACAUAUUAUGUCCAGCAAAUUUAUCUGA